AUGGUACAAGUUAUAAACCUAACAAAAGCAUGGGUGAAAACAAAUCCAAAUGUAAAGGCACUUAAUGAUACUGUAUCAAGGUUCAUCAUUCAAGGUUGCUAUGCCUAUUCUAUUGUCCAGGAGCCUGCAUUUUUGGAACUUAUGAAAAAAGCUGAACCAAGGUAUAUUGUUCCAUCGAGGAAAUCUUUUUCUCAGUAUCAUAUACCGAACGCUUUUGAAAAAUCGGUUAAUCAUGUUAAAAGUAUAAUUGAUAAUGAAUGUAAAAGUGCUAGUUCCUGA